AGUCGGUGUGACGCUUUCUCACGAGUUGGCACAAACACUCAGAGCUGCUGUCUCGUCUGACGAGUACUUAUCCGAGCUGUUUUAAAGUAAAGAGAGAAGAUUUGACCGAGAAGAGACGCCUGAAUACCGGGAUUUAUUCGGUUUGGAAAUAAUUCAAGGACACGACAGCAGAGUUCAUGGUCUGAAAGGACUCCUUACAUGCGAUGAAAGACAUGGACAUCGUCAGCCAUCUUCAACCUACCUCGGAGCGAGGGGUGUCAGACUUCGGUGAGUAUGGACUCACCGAGUAUGAGUAUGAUCUCAUUGAUGAAAUCAUCAAAGAGGACAGUGAGCAAUCAGCUGCCCUCCCUAGACCUUGUCCCCCUCCCACUGACCUCUCUGAGCUGCCGCGCAGCCAGCACCCCAGAACGUCGGUGCGACAGAGCUCCUCCCAGUCUUCAAAUCCAGUGCUGGUGUCGAGGGGCACUGCACAUCUGCCCCCUCGCAGUUUCCCUCAGCCCCUGCUGCAGAUGAGCGAUUCCAAUGAGAUGACGUCGGCUCCUCCUUCCCGGGCUGCCACCUCUCUAGCCAGUUCCUCUCGCCGUGGUCAAGGCUUGUGCCAACCCACCUCUAGGAGCUCCAGCGGUGUUUCCUCUCAGAACCACGGAGACACUGACAUGCUGGAGCGGAUUCUAGAGAAGCCUAGACUGGUGGUGGUGGAGGAGCCCAAGGACAGAGGCAUGAGGUUUCGGUACGAGUGUGAAGGACGCUCAGCCGGUAGCAUCUUGGGCGUGUCCAGCACUGACACCAACAAGACUCAGCCUGCAAUAGAGAUUCAGGGUCCCAUUGACUUCAUAAAAAGAGUCACAGUCACUGUUUCCUUGGUGACCAAAGACCUCCCACACCGGCCUCACCCCCACUGCCUUGUGGGUAAAGACUGCCCGAAUGGUUCAGGAAUCUGUGUGGUCACGUUCAACCCUCAUAGCAACCGGCGUCACAGCUUUGCUAACCUUGGUAUCCAGUGUGUGAGGAGGAAAGAGCUCGACCUUUCACUUCAGAAAAGAAGUAGCCAAAAUAUUGACCCCUUUAAAACCGGUCACUCAAAGGGCAUUGAAGACCUGGACAUGAAUGCAGUGCGUCUGUGCUUUCAGUGUGAGCUCGAGUGGGAGGACGGCAGAAAGGACAGUCUCAGCCCAGUGGUGUCGAGUACGAUCUAUGACAAGAAGGCCACAACUACAUCGCAGCUGAAGAUCACCUGUUUGAACCAGUACAAAGGUCCCUGCACUGGCAAGACUGAGAUCUAUAUGUUGUGUGACAAAGUGCAGAAAGAUGACAUAGAGAUCAGAUUCAGCCGAGGAUCGUGGAAGGCAAAUGGGGAGUUUGCCCAGACAGACGUGCACAGACAGAUUGCUAUUGUAUUUAAGACUCCGCCCUACCAGGACCAGAACAUCACAGGGGAGGUUGACGUCAAUGUCGCCCUACGGCGCAUCUCAGACCAGAUGGAGAGCGAACCUGUUACCUUCACGUACUUGCCAUACAACCCAGAUCCAUAUGAGGUGAAGCGGAAAUGUAGAGUAAAGUCGGAGAUCAGUUUCAGAGAGAAACCUUGUGUAACAGAGCCGUCCUUCCACUUCCCGCAGCCUCAAGGGGCAGCAUGUUACAACGUGCCCCAGGACACAAACAGCCGCACUGAUGACGCAGCCCUCCUUAAUCACUUGCUAGAAAAUCCUGCAUUAUGGGAAGCGAUUUGCGACCCCAACACUGACAUGCCCUGUGAGUUUGCGGAGGACCCCGAUGGCAACUCCACGUUUGCCAACAUGGAUAUGAACUUUAACCACAACUUUGGCUCAUACACUCAGGACUUUUCCCAGUUCAGCGACCUUCAGUUCAACAUGCUCGUCAAUGAGAACCAGACUCCACAGUCAGAGCCACAGGACAGCCUGUCCAAUGCGGUUCAGGUGAAGAAAGAAGAGACGCUAUGAAGGAGAGAUAGUCUAAAGCUCACUAAUUAAUACAUAACUCUGUGCAAGAAAUGCCAACAUAUGUCUUUAACCUUUCCGGGUUUAGUGCCACAAAAGAUCAUUUCUUAAAUCCGAGAUGAAGCAAAAUGUUUCCUUGCUUGCAUUUGUCAAUGUAUUUGUAGAUAUGGUAAUAUGGUUUCACAACUCUGCUCUGUUGUCCUCUCUUUAACCCCAUAUCUUUAUUGUUGCCUGAAAGCCUCGCUGGUCAAGGCUUUAGCAAUCGGGAGCAAGUUAACAUUCCUAAAUGUUUGUCCAUGAAUGCUGCUAGCAGUAAUUUUAAGGCUCAAGGUCAUAAGAAGGUGAUUCGCACAGUACGAGUGGAACUUUAAAAAGAGAACUCAUGAACUUCUCUCUUUAACUUGGGAACAGUAGAAACCCUUCUGUAAAUUACUCUCUGUUGUAUUGUAAGUGUAAUGUUUGUGUGAGAUCUGUUUUGUUAACUCAAUAACAAGCUGAAUCCCUACUAGCUGUCUGAAAGGAUUUUAGUUUUACAACACAAAAAACACAGUAGUUUCAGAUCUGUUCUUCACAAUAUUCUUGUUUGUUGUUGUGUCACACCAGCUGGCUUGUUUAAUAUUUAAUCCACUUAAGAGCAAUAGAAACCAGUCUUCCUCCUUUUCAUCGUUCUCUCUGUGUCACUUCCCUUUGUUCUGUAGUUUCACUCUUGUAGUGUUUCAAAUUUCUGCUCACACCUCGUUACAUGUCCAACUCCGCCCCCUUUGCUGUGACACUGAAAUGUAAAUAUUUCCAAGACAAAAUAAAAUGUUCAUGUGUUAUUUUUGUCUUUUUGUCAUUACUUCCUCAGAAACUGCUUUUGUGAUGAUUGGAUAGAUGUCAAAAGAAACUAAGGAUUGUAGAGAAAAAAGACAAAAGGGAUGUUGAUACUUUUGAAUCGGACCUGUCCUUAUCUGCCUGCCCACACACAUUCCAAACCUGCUCACUCACUUUUAAAAAAUAAUGAAUCUUGGCAACAACAAUGUGUAGAAGAUGAUUUUAUGCUUGUCACAUAUUGGCUUUAAAUGUAAGCAGUGUCAUAUG